CAAGAAUCCAUCCAUCUAUCCAAAAUUCAUCAAAUUAUCUUAUCUACACUUUAAAUCCUAAACCCAUCAGAAACCCAUCAUCCAAACCUCGAUCAACAGAAACCCAACCAAACAAAAUCAAACCAAACCAAAAAAAAAAACAAACAUUCAAAGAGUUUUUAAAAGAUUCAAAAAUACCAUUUGUUUUGCUUUUCUUCUGCUUCAUAAAAAAGAAUCUUUUUCUUUAUAAUUUAACAGAAGAUUAUUAAAACAGUUUCAAAACAUAAAAAAAAAGAUGGCUAAUAUUAGUUCGGUUGCAAAGAGUGCUCAAAAUGCUAGUGAGAUCGGAUGGGCUUUUGUACCUCAGUAUUAUACUUUUGUUAAUAAAGAUCCGUCUCGUUUACAUUGCUUUUACACAAAACGAUCAACUUUGAUUCAUAGUACCGAAGGAGAAGAAGCAACCCCAUGUUUUGGUCAACAGGAAAUUCACGAUAAAUUCAUGUCACUCAACUUUGAUGAUUGUAAAGUCUUUGUAUCAAAUGUCGAUUCUCAAUCAUCAGCAGAUGGUGGGAUCAUUGUACAAGUCUUGGGUGAAAUGUCAAAUGGUGCUGGUCCUUGGCGUAAAUUUGCUCAGACUUUCUUUUUGGCUGAACAACCUAAUGGAUUCUUUGUUUUGAAUGAUAUCUUUAGAUAUAUUAAAGAAGAAGUUGAAGAAGGUGAUGAUGAGCCUGAAGCUGAACCGGUGACGGUUACAGAAGAUGUUCCAAGUUCUGAACACAGCUUAAUCUUGUCCAAUACCGAUGCUCUUCCUCCUGCAUACCAACCCGAGAGCUCCUCUACACCAUUACCAGCGGCACCAGUUGAAACUAAACCUGUCGCUUCUACCUCACCUGCUCAAAACAAUCCUUCUUUCGCCGCGUCUUCAGCUGGACCUACUCCUUCAGCCGAACCUGUUGCUGGAACUCAGAGUCUUGGCCCUUCUAAAGUCAAUGGUUUCCAUCCAGAUCAAGUAGAUGUGAAACCACCGGAGGCUCCGAUCGAGCCAGUUGCGGCCUCUGAAAGCUCACCUCCUGCUGCUGCUGCUGCAACACCAUCCGCUAGUGCUUCCCCAGCUGCUGGCCCUUCCUCUACAUUGGCCCAAGCCAACACAAAUAACGUAGAGAAGACAGAUGUCGGGACUACUAGUCUACCCACCCCAGCCCAACCAUCUGCAUCUUCACAAGCUCCUUCUGCUAACGGGCGAUCAGCUAGUGGACAAUCGAAAUCAGCACCAAUCCCAGCUUCUGUUGCAACACAGACGAAACCCGUCGAGGCCACUCCUCCACCAGCUCCAGCUCCUUCGGUUCCUAAGACAUGGGCUAGUCUUGCAGCCAGUGGUAAGAGUGCAUGGGGACAAGGUCAUCUUGCAGCAUCUCAAGGCGUUUCAACUGCUCCUAGUGCUCUCUCUCAGUCUGGUGUCGAGUCUUCUUCCCAAACACCUCAACAAAGACCUGCUGCUGCCUCACAUACCAAUCCUGGUUGGUUAACUUAUCAUUAUCUUGAUCGGUUGAAUGUCGACUCAGUUUCAACUGGUGCAUGUUUCAUCAAGAGUGUUCAUGAAAACCUGGAUGAGAAAUCACUUAAAGAUCAAUUAACCAAACGAUUUGGACCGAUCAAAGAUUUAGAUGUCAUUCGAACUAAAGCAUGUGGAUUCUUAGAGUUUCAAUCGAUUGAAUCAGCCAAGAAAGCCAUUCAAAUGUCAUUACCAUUCAAUCUAGGUGGUAAAGGUGGGAUCUCAAUCAAUUCCAAUGGUGAAGAGUUUAUGAUUGUGAUUGAAAGUAAACGACAACCUGGGGAAAGAGGUAGACCGAUUGAUGCUGGACCUAAGAGAGGAUUUGGUGGUGGAAACGGUGGUGGUGGUGGUGGUGGUGGUGGUGGUGAACGAGGUGGUCGAUCUGGUGGUGGUGGUGGCGGUGGCGGUGGUGGUAGUGGUAAUUUCGGAGCUAGAGGUGGUAGAGGUGGAAUGGAAGGACCAAGAGGAGCUGGUCGUGGUGGUAGAGGAGGAGGAGGAGGAGGUGGUGGUGGUAAUAACAACAAUAAUAGUAGAGGCAUCUCACAUCCUAAAUAAUUUGUUUCUUUUUGUUUUCCUGAACCCCCCCUACUCCCCCGCCGUCCCUCAACAAAAGAAAAAAAGUUUAAAUGAAUAGAUUCUCUUAUAGUAAGUUUAUGAAACCAAAAACUAAAGAACAAAGAAAAAGAAAAAAAAACCUCGUUCAACUUAUGUUUUUUUUUGUUUGUUAGAAAUUAUGAUGAUCUUUAAGAGUUUAUAUGAACCUGUUGCUUUCUUUUUUGUUGGUUUUUGAAAAAACUUUUUUUCAAAUUUUAAAAAAUAAAUAAUGACGUCUUAGAAACUU